AGUCCCCAAUGUCCCUCUCUUUCUCAUCCUGGCAUUCCCUAGUGCCCUCUGCAGCCAAAGCCGGAAAGUUCAGUGGUGGUGUUGGAUGCGUGUGGACCCAGGACCCACAGGCAGCCGGUGAUAGGCAGAAAUGGUUUGGGGCCACAUGCUGCGGGACUAGAAAUGGGGGCAGGAGUAGUGGACACCUAAGGACAGCCUGUUAGCUACAGAUGGGUCUAUUACCAAGGUUGACAGCUUGCCCCCAAGGGUGCUGGCAAGAGGUAGAAAAUGCAGAUGUGACAAAUGAAAAAUAUUAAAAUGCUGUCUUUAAAAAGUAUUGUCACGGGUCUGUCUUUUAUAAAUCCACACCUCGCCCUUGGGCAGUUUGAACCCAGCCUGAUUGCAGCUGGACUUAGCUGACCCUUGGCAUAGCCUUUAUAUAGUCAGAGGGUGGGUGCGCCCUGGACCUGGUGCCUCCGAAGCAUCCAUGCAGAGGGGCCCAGGAGGCUGGUGGCGCGUCGGCCACACACCAUCCUGCUGGAUGGCUGUCUCAGGUGAACCCUUUAACGGGGAAGCACAGGCUUGAGGAGCUCGGAGGAGGUCUAGCUAGGCUCUUGGAGGGACAAGGAGCAACGUUUCCCCAAACUAUUCUGAUAGGCGCUAGUUCCAUAGUGUCUGUAGGUGUUCUAUGGAAUAUGAGUUCCGUGUUUAAACAGUUUGGGGGAACAUGGUCUCUUUCCUUCAGCACCUUUCGGAGUCUUCAGAAUACCCGUGUGCAUGAUGAAUUCUUCAGCACUUUUGAUCUUCGUCACCCCACCCAGCCUUCCGUCUUCCCUCUCUUGUGAGGAAACCUAUCAGUGCAGCUGCAGGGGGGCUGUCAUACGUUUUCUGCACAUCGGUACCUCUUUUUGUUGUUGUUCCUUCCACAUCCAGGGUCUUCUCCUCUCUGCUUCCCAAGCCAUCUAUAUCUGAUUACUACCGUUUCAUUUUUUUCUUCCACUCCUCUUUUUCUGUCACCUCCCUACGUCUUUGGCCCCGAAAGUCCCCCAAAACCCAUUGCUGUUGGGUUGAUUCUGACUCCUAGUGACCUUAUAGGACAGAGUAGAACUGCCCCAUGAGGUUUCAAAGGAGCAGCUGGUGGAUUUGAACUGCCAGCCUUUUGGUUAGCAGCCUUAGCUCUUAACCACUGUGCCACCAGGGCUCCCCAGAGGACAUUAUUUAGCAGCACAGAGGUUGCUGAGCCCUGGGGUCUCGUCUGACUGUUGUCGGUAGGCCAAGGCAUGGCUUGGGAAAUUUAGACCCCUCCCUUGGCCCUGAAGACCAUACACGUAAUUCACUCCCUGUGCCUCGUGGCCGGCUUCCGUAGGUUGUCAGCUGUGUCACAGGGAGACUACACAUGGGGCUUGUCAUUGAGUUUUCGGAGAGUAUGCCUUCUUUGAGGAGAUCAUGCUUUGUUCCCACCAACUGAGGCUAGAUUAUCAGUGGUUAGACUGUAGAGAUCAGUGGGCCCUGAGAUGGUCAGGGGACAUGAUUUGAGACCAGGACUGCCAGAUAAUUUAGCCGUUUCUGUACUUAAGUUAGACACUUCUAGAAAAAUUAUCCCAUUAAGUCCUGCCUUAAUGAACCUUAAUGAUCCUUAGAGAAGCAAACGUAGUAAAUCAAAUACAGCCCAGGCAACGUGGCAUGAAAGAGUAGGAAGACAUGGUCCCCGCUGUGCUGCUUACCAGCUGAGCUUAGCAAGUCGCGGGACGUCUCUUAGUUUCAGCUUCUUUAAAUGUAAACUGAGGAGAACAGUGCCCAGCUUGAGGAGUUGUAAGGGUCAAGUGAUAGGGUGGGUACGAAGGUUCUCUAUAAACCAGGAAGCUCUGUACAGAUGUGAAGAGUUAUUAUAAUAACGCUGAAGUAGAAAUCAGGCCGACGGAAACAAAGCUUUGUGCAAAGAAUAAACAGCAGAUGUUAGAUUUGAGGACUUGUUUUGUUAACUUAAGGGAAUGGAUGGAUUCUAAGGACCUGAAGGCAGGAGUGGCGUACGUUUGUGUGAGCGAUGUCUGUUACAGAGUGAACCUUAACUGUUGCGCUUGGCUGCAGACACAUCCGUAAUAUAGAGUAUCGGAAUGUUGAGAUGCAGAGAGAUGUACCUCUGGUCUCCCCAGCCGCUGAGCUGCCCAGCUGCUUUACAUGAGGCCUCACCAGGUGGCCUAAAGCCCCCAGACCCUAUUUUUCCAGACUGGCAGACUCAGAAACCUCAUCUAUUAGCGUACAGUGAACGGGCCCUCCCCUGGGAGAGGGCUCACAUUAACCAAAUACACCAACUUGUAUGUACUGGAAACCAAAACCAAACCCACCACUGUCGAGUGGAUUCCAACUCAUAGUGACCCUAUAGGAUGGAGUAGAGCUGCCCCAUAGGGUUUCCAGGGCUGCAGUCUUUACAGAUGCAGACUGCCACGUUUCUCCCAUAAAGCGGUUGGUGGGUUUGAACUACUGGCCUUUCUGUUAGCAGCUGAGCGCUUUAACCACUGCGCCAUCAGAAUGUCUGUUUAUAGCACACAGUUUGAAGUCUGCACAUCAGGGUUCAAAUCAUCAUGAGAAGAUUUAUGGUAGAAAUAGUUAUAUGAUUGUCGUGUUCAGAGGCCUCAGGCUAAGACAGUGUGUGGUUCAGCCUCCUGGUGGGGAGUUUACCUGCUACUCACCCAGUUCCGGGUCCGGAUCGCCUCAGCCCUGGAGAGCACUCUGGCGAGUCCAUUUUUCUAUCUUCUGUUACGUGUCUAGUGACUGAAGUGCCCUCCUAAUCACAGGUGAUGAUACAACUCUUGAAGCCUCUUAUUUCCAGAGGUGGGAGGCUGGGCUUGACCUGUAAGUUUCAUUUUUGCUUGAUCUGUAUCCUUUUGCUGAGGGAAGAGGCUAAUGGCCAUUAAGGUUUUUGCGUCCUUUAAUACUGAAGAACUAAAUGAGUGUGAGACACUGUAUUAUUAUAAUGAGAUACAUUGUUGUUGUCGUUAGGUGCCGUCCAGUUGGUUCCAACUCAUAGUGACCCUGUGUACAGCAGAACGAAACACUGUCUGGUCCUGCACCCUGCUCACAAUCGUUGUUAUGCUUGAGCCCAUCUUUGCAGCCACUGUGUCAGUCCAUCUUGAGGGUCUUCCUCAUUUCCGCUGAUUCUCUACUUUACCAAGCAUGAUGUCCUUCUCAGGGACUGGUUGUUUCUAGUAACAUGUCCAAGAUAUGUGAGAUGAAGCCUCACCAUCCUUGCUUCUAAGGAGCACUCUGGCUGCACUUCUUCCAAGAUAGAUAAUGAGACAUAGCAGUCAUAAGGUUAAAAAAGAAAAAAAAAAAGUGGCUAGAAAUAAGAGGACGUAAAGGGCUUCACAUGUGGAAUCAUUAGGGAGGAACCAGACAUUUGCUCCAGAUAAAAAUGUAUUCAGGGUUGAGCUUAAGGUAAUACUUGGAUGGGAUCAAAGUAGAGGAUAAAAAGUGUCACACAAAGAGAGGCGAUGAAGGUAGUUGGCGUGGUUCUCCACCUAAGAAGGCGUGGUGCUCAGCUGCUGGCAAUUAACUGGGCCUUCUUCAAAGCAGGACCUCACCCACCUGCAAUCCUUGGUGCUCAGGACCAUACCGCAGGUUGUUGACCUGGAACAGAGGCUACCUGGUCCAAACCCAUCAUUAGAUAAGAAACCAGUGUCCAGAGUGGUUCAGUGACCUCCCACACAGUGGCAGAGCUGGACUAGACUUGUACAAACUGCUAGGGAGUGCUUUCAGUACCUUACAACACUGUGCGUGGGAGUAUCCAGGGCCCUCUAGGAGAGCAGGCAUGAUUCAGGGAUGGGUUACCCAAUAAGCAAGGUGCCACCAAACCAAAUCCGUUGCCAUCGAGUUGAUUUGGACUCAUAGCGACCCUAUAGGACAGAGUAGAACUGCCCCAUAGGGCUUCCAAGGGGAGGCUGGUGGAUUCCAACUGCCAACCAUUUGGUUAGCAACCAAGAUCUUAACCACUGUGCCACCAGGGCCCCAAGCAAGGUAUGCACAGGCCCCAUUGUGCCUUCCCCCUAGUCUGCAGUGCACAAUUUCACCUGUCUCCUACCACAUCGAUGAUGUGGUGAGAACCAUGUGAAAUUGCUUACCACGGAUUAGCAAUAAAUACAGUUAAGUCCAUGUGUACCUUGUUCAGUGCAAGCCGGUGCAUGCUGUGCUUACUGGUUGGGCCACCCCUGUAUGGGAAUAUGUCGGAGAAAUGGAGGUGGCCUUUAAUGGAUGUGAAAGGGAAGAGCCUCCCCCAGCGCCCUUGUCUUUACCAGAAACGCCUCCAGGAGCCCUAAGAUACGCUUUCGUUCUUCAGAGUCGCAUCUUCCCUCUGCACAGGACGUCUUAGCAAAUCCCAGGCCCUGUGUGUACCCUCCUCGAGCCCACCACUGCAUUAGGAUUCUCUUUAUUUUACACAAUUUGGUUCUGUUUUGUUCUCUUUACUUCCCUCUCAGUUCAUUUGUCGCAGUGUGGUCCUGCAAGAGGAGAGAUUUUAACUGACAAUGCCUAAAAGGAUAAAGGGGAGAAUAGAAAAGAAACCAACUGCCUUUUUACCAAGGCUUAUUACUUUGUAACCUACGGGUUUUAACAAAAUCUAUUUUUAUAAAUAUGCCUGGAAAGCUAAAUAUAUUGUUAAGUCGCUUAGAUUUAUUAAAUUGUACCAUGUCAUGUUUAAGAGUUUCAGGAUGUUAUUGUAUAAUCACUGAAUGUUCUGGGGUAUAUUUCUCAACUGUAACCAAUAGAAAAAACCUAUUUUUGCUAAGUAACUGCAGCAAAUGGGUUUAAUGAGUGUGCUUUUGAAAGUAGGAAGAGACAUCCCCUGAUGGGGACAGAAAGAGCAUGUGUGAAAGACUGAAGAUACGGGAAGACUCUAGAUGUGUCAUUGACUAAAAAAAUUACUCAAGUGAAGAAAAAAUUUAAUAAAUGCUCACAUGACCAUGUCAUCUUUGUGGGUGGGGAGUGGGUAGGAAACCCUGGUGGCGUAGUGGUUAAGUGCUAUGGCUGCUAACCAAAGGGUCAGCAGUUCGAAUCCACCAGGCGCUCCUUGGAAACCCUAUGGGGCAGUUCUACUCUGUCCUAUAGCGUCGCUAUGAGUCGGGAUCGACUCGACGGCACUGGGUUUGGUUUGGUAGUGAGUGGGUCUUGAGUCAUGUGUUCAGUCGUGGUUAGAUUCACUUGUCUCUUAAUCCAGACUUUGGAAGCAUCUUAAAUUUGGAUGACUUUUUUCUCCAUGUUGAACGUCACCAUUAGGGAACAAGCGAGUUUGAAUGACUGAGCUCAGCUGUCACAUGCUUCCUGGGAAGAUAAAACGGAGCGUAUGUCCUAGUGAUGGCUCAGCGGCAUCCUCCAUCUUUGUGUGAGGUGGUCAGCAGGUACUGGAUCUUUUUUGCGCUGUCCCUCUUGAAGAUAGUGGUAGUGGUACCUCAGGAAUCUUAUGAGAUUUCCUUACUGUUCUACAUUUUAGGAACUCACACAUACACAUAUACAAGUAGACUGUGCUUGUUUGAAAAGCUCCAGGAGAGCAACGUUGUUGUUAGAGGCUGUCAAGUUGGUUCCGACUCGUAGUGACCCUGUGUACUACAGAGCAAACACUGCUCUGUCCUGCGCCAUCCUCACAGUCAUUGUUAUGCUUGAGCCCAUUGUUGGAGCCACUGUCAGUCCAUCUCAUUGAGGGUCUUCCUCUUUUUCUCUGUCCCUCGACUUUACCAAGCAUGAUGUCUCUCUUCAGGACUGAUCCUCCCGAUAACAUGUCCAAAGUAUGUGAGACGCAGUCUCGCCACCCUUGCUUCUAAGGAGCAUUGUGAUUGUACUUCUUUCAAGACAAAUUUGUUUUUUCUUCUGGCAGUCCAUGGUUUAUUCAAUAUUCUUCCCCAACACCAUAAUUCAAAGGCAUUGAUUAGAAACACCAAAUGCUAAAGUUAGAAAAAGGAGCUUCAUGAUAAAAUCCAAUCUUCUUAUCCAGAAAGGCAACACACCAUUUCUUUAGCAGAAAACGAUAACAAAACACUCCUUUCUUUCAGUGUCAGAAAUGUUGGUGCAUCAUGAGAUAAUUUUGCAACUUUUUAUACAUCCUUAGGCAUUUUUGUUCAUGCACAAAAUGAAAGUCCUUCAGAGUAGUUACUCCACUGGCCAAAAGGAGUUAGAAGUUUUAAAAGAGGACCAUCCGUGCCAAAAAUCCCGUAUCUUACUUUCAUAUAGAUUUGAUGACUGAAGUUUAUUACCAGAAAAUCUGUGCUCAUUAUGGAAAAACCAGAAAGGACAGAAGAGAAUCUGCUAAAGAAGAACAGAAAGAGCUGCUUCCCCAGAGAAAACCACCAGUAACUCUUUGGUAGAGAAGACUGGCCCAUGCACAAACUGGAGUGCACUCCCAUGGUUGUUUUUGGGGAGAACUGGAACCCCUCGGAGACUGUCAGGCUAACAGCAAGGAUUCUGGCCAAACAGAAAAUCCACCCAGAGAGAACACCAUCAGAGAAAUUGUUAGCUGUCAAGGAGUUUGAAUCACAUCUGGAUAAGUUAGACAAUGAGAAGAAGGACUUGAUCCAGAGUGACAUUGCUGCUCUCCAUCACUUUUACUCCAAGCACCUAGAAUUUCCCGAUACCGAGAGCCUGGUAGUACUUUUUGCACAGGUUAACUGUAAUGGCUUCACGAUCGAAGAUGAAGAACUUUCUCACGUGGGAUCAGCAAUAUUUCCUGAUGUUGCGCUGAUGAAUCACAGCUGCUGCCCCAAUGUGAUUGUGACCUACAAGGGGACCCUGGCAGAAGUAAGAGCUGUACAGGAGAUCAGCCCAGGAGACGAGGUAUUCACCAGCUAUAUUGACCUCCUGUAUCCAACAGAAGACAGGAAUGACCGGCUGAGAGAUUCUUAUUUCUUCACCUGUGAGUGCCAGGAAUGUACCACCAAAGACAAGGAUAACGCCAAGGUGGAAAUCCGGAAGCUCACUGAUCCCCCAAAGGCAGAAGCCAUCCGUGACAUGGUCAGAUAUGCCCGGAAUGUCAUUGAGGAAUUCCGGAGAGCCAAGCACUACAAAUCCCCUAGUGAGCUGCUGGAGAUGUGCGCGCUCAGCCAGGAGAAGAUGAGCUCGGUGUUUGAGGACAGUAACGUCUACAUGCUUCAUAUGAUGUACCAGGCCAUGGGCGUCUGCUUGUACAUGCAGGACUGGGAGGGCGCCCUGCGGUACGGACAGAAGAUCAUCCAGCCCUACAGUAAGCAUUAUCCUCUGUACUCCCUCAACGUGGCUUCCAUGUGGCUGAAGCUCGGAAGACUGUACAUGGGGCUGGAAAACAAAGCUGCAGGAGAGAAAGCCCUGAAGAAGGCCAUUGCCAUCAUGGAAGUAGCGCACGGCAAAGACCAUCCAUACAUUUCUGAAAUCAAACAUGAAAUCGAAAGCCACUGAAACUAUGCAACAUCUUAGUUUGUAUUUAAAUGCUAGUGCAGAAACCUUAAAGAUUUCAAAUAUUUCAUAUCUCACACAUCAGUCCAGUAUUUCUGUAAAGAAAAAAUUGGAUUGAAAACACUACAUGCACUUAAACCAUUGCUUUCCUGGAGGUUGGCCUUAAUCUUUAACCUUAAUAUCGAAUUAAUAUUCAAAUGCUAUUUUUUCCCUAAGAGAUACACCGUGGCUUCACGUAAUAUACUUUGGACACGUCGCGUUUAAAAGAUGCAAUUAUUUUUUCUUUUGCGCCUGUUCUUUGGAUAGAUUUUUAAAAAUGUGAUUAUUUUCCCCUUCAUGCCUGUUGUAAUGUUCUGAACAAACCUGAAUGCUGGAGGAGAAUAAAAAAGAUAACGGUAUUGGA